GACUCCCGGGCUUCCGGGAGGCGGCGGGAGGCCCAGCUGGGCACCCUGCCCGCGCUGCCCGCGCAAAUUCCGCGCUUCCGCGGAUGCCCUUCGUCCUGCCCGGACCACCGUGCGCUCGGCGUUCAGGGCCCCGCGGGGCACCGCUGUCCCCUGAGCUUCUUCCGGAGCCGGGCUAAGGUGGGCUUCUCCCUCUCCCGCUUUCUCUGUAGCUUUACACCUCCUCUCCCUACCAUCCGCAUCCAUCCUGAGCCCAACCGAGGGGCACACCUGAUCCUGCGGCUCCCGCUCCUCCUCCUGCUCCUCCCUCCCCCAGGGCCGGAGCCCAAGCAGGGCAUGUGGGUCCCCCUCUGACAGUGCCCAGGGGUGAGGCGACCCUCGCCCAGAUGGCCAAGUGGCUUCGGGACUACCUGAGCUUUGGCGGCCGGAGACCCCCUCCGCAGCCGCCCACCCCCGACUACUCGGAGAGCGACAUCCUGCUGGCCUACCGCACGCAGAAGAAUCUGGACUUCGAGGACCCCUACGAGGACGCGGACAGCCGCCCCGAGCCAGACCCCGCGGCCCCCCCAGACUCGAAGAGUCCCGGCGACUCCAAGUACGACUCCCCCAGGCACCGGCUCAUCAAGGUGGAGGCGGUCGACAUGGCCCGCGCCAAGGCCCUGCUGGGCAGCCCCGGGGACGGGGACGAGCUGGAAGUGGACACUGAGUAUUCGGACCCAUUUGAUGCGCAGCCUCAACCACCACCGUCGGACGAUGGCUAUGUGGAGCCCUAUGAUGCGCAGUGGACCAUCAGUGAGCUGCCCUGCAAGGCAGUCCAGCUGUAUGAUACUCCCUAUGAAGAGCAGGACCAGGAGCCUGAGGAGAAUGGAACUCCUUCUGAGCAGAGGCUGCAGCAGAGCCGGCUGCCCCUGGAGGAUGAGCGGCCAGCAGAUGAGUAUGACCAGCCCUGGGAGUGGAAGAAAGACCACAUCUCCAGAGCUUUUGCAGUGCAAUUUGACAGUCCAGAGUGGGAAAGGACCUCAGGCUCUGCCAAGGAGCUGCGGAGAUGCCCUCCCAGAAGCCCCCAGCCAGCUGAGCGCGUGGAUCCCGCCCUGCCCCUGGAGAAACAGCCGUUGUGUAUCGAGGAGCGUGGCCCUCAGGAGACCUCUGUCCCCUCCCUCAGGUGGUUUCACGGGCCUCUGAGCCGGGCUGAUGCCGAGAACCUCCUGUCGCUCUGCAAAGAAGGCAGCUACCUCGUGCGGCUCAGUGAGACCAGCCCCCAGGACUGCUCCCUGUCCCUCAGGAGCAGCCAGGGCUUCCUGCAUCUGAAGUUUACACGGACUCGAGCCAACCAGGUGGUGCUGGGCCAGCACAGCGGCCCCUUCGCCAGCGUCCCCGAGCUGGUCCUUCACUACAGCGCUCGGCCCCUGCCCGUGCAGGGUGCAGAGCACCUGGUGCUGCUGUACCCCGUGGUCACGCAGAGCCCCUGCCCUGCACCCUGAGAGGGACUCUGCGGAGGGCUGGGGACAGAGGAACACCCAGACCCCUGCCCCAUCCAGGCCGCCUCUGACCGAGCUAGUGCCAGGGCCUAGAACUGUGACUCCAAGUGUUGUCUCCCCCCGCCCCGCCCC